AAAAUGAUAGCGAAAAAUUGCGCGAAUAAUGACGUCACGCUGCUUUGAGAGUGAUGUCAUUAUCGAUUUUAUAGCGCCACAAAGCGUCUCCUCGAACGGUCUUAGAUACUUAUUGUGCAAAUAGCGUGCUCCCCGAACGCACCCUAAGUGUGAUUAUAAAUACCAAGUACCCAGCAAAAAAGCUUGCAAAAAUGCCUGGGAUUAGAUGCAAUGUAGCUGGCUGCAACAAUAUCUUGAAAAGGACAAAAACAACAGACACAAGUAUAAAAUAUCAUCACUUUCCAAAAGAUGAAAAAAUAAAAAAAGCCUGGAUUAACAUGUGCAAGCGAAAUGAAAAUUGGAAUCCACACACAGGCUUUAUUUGCUCCAAACAUUUCAAGCCCGAAGACUAUGGGCCGUAUUCAUAGUCGAGUCUCAAGGCGAUACUGAAGAUCGUCUUAGUCAAGAUUAUCUUAUUGAAUGAAGAUCACCUUAAAAUCGAUAUAAUUCAUAAACAUAUAUUAAGAUAAUCUUUGCGAAGAAGUUUUUGCCUAAGAAACUCUUAUGGCUCCUGCACACAGGACGCGGAAACGCUUGCCGCGCGGAAAGAAACGACGCGGUAAAGAGAAUUGGUUUUUCCGGCACUCACACAGCACGCGUUAUAGUUUAUAUGCGCAUGCGUAGAUACAGUGUCAUUAUAACCUCUAUUAUAAUAAACAUACAUUUGCAAAAAUUGUUAUACGAGUAAUAGAAGUUGUAUAAUAAAAGUUAUGAAUGAAGCAAGACGUCGAAUAUUACUUUUAUGUUUAUUAUAUAUAAGACAUCGAAAAAGAAAAGAAAUGAUAACUAAGCGAAAAUAUUGGGUACACCCGAUACUCAAACUGAAGCAACAGCAAGGAGACUGGCACAAUUUCCGCGAAAUGAUUUUACAAGAUGAUGAUACAUAUUUUACUUAUAUGAGGAUGACACCUAGUAUGUUUGAAUAUUUAUUAUCAAAAGUUGGACCUACGAUAACAAAAAUGGAAACACAUUGGAGAAAACCUAUCUCACCAGCUGCACGAUUGUCAAUGACUAUACGUUAUUUGGCAAGUGGAGAUGGAUUUCAUAGUAUUUCACUUAGCUAUAGAAUUGGAAGAAGUACUACGACGUGUAUUAUAAGAGAAACUUGCGAGGCUAUAUGGAGUUGUCUACAUAAAGAAGAAUUAUUUACGCCAAUAACAAAUGGGUGGCAAGAAAUAGCUCAUGAAUUUGAGAAUAAAUGGAACUUUCCAAAUUGUAUUGAUGCUUUGGAUGGGAAGCACGUAUCUAUAAUUUGUCCUAAGAAAGCAGGGAGCACUUAUUAUAAUUAUAAAGGGUUCCACAGCAUAGUGUUAUUGGCGUUAGUGAGUGCAACGUACAAAUUUUUAAUUGUGGACAUUGGCGCUCAAGGAAGGCAUAGUGACGAAGGAAUUUUUAAAAAUUCAGCUAUGGGACAACGAUUUUAUAACAAUAAUAUGUAUUUGCCUGAUCCUUCUGCUAUUAGUAACAAACAUAAUGUUCCAUAUGUUAUUGUAGCUGACGAGGCAUUUCAGUUGAAUUCAUUUACAAUGCGACCAUACCCAUCGAAAAAUUUAACAAAACAACGCAUAUUUAACUAUAGAUUAAGUAGAGCUCGACGAGUUGUUGAGAAUGCGUUUGGAAUAUUAGUUACUCGAUGGCGUAUUUAUCAGAAACCUUUAAACACCAGUCUUGUAACAAGUGAUGCAAUAAUAAAAGCAACAGUCUGCUUGCAUAAUUUAUUAAUGAGUACUUCAAAUUACUGUGGAGGAAAUUAUGCUGAUCAAUUAUUAGCAAAUGGCCAAAUAAUUGAAGGAGAAUGGAGGCAAAAACACAUCAAUAGUGAUAAUUAUAGGAAUAAAAGUUUUGGUAAUAAUAACUACACUAGACAAGCUGGUGAAAUUCGGACAAUUUUUACAGAGUAUUUUAUGAACGAGGGAAAAAUCCCUUGGCAAGAAGAUAUUAUGUAGGCAAGAGAUUGUUAUCAUAUUGUAAGUUUGUGUAUUAAUUCAAAAAUAAAGAUUAUACAU